CACACAUGUUACAAGAGGUGCAUUCUCUUAUACUAAGAGGUGGCCUGGCCCCCGCGGGAGGAUUUUCUGAACCCCCUGUUACCUGUUUUGUUUUGUGUAUUCCUUCCUUUGGCUCGCCUCGGGUCUGGUGAUCACUCCGGACUGGAUGUGAGAUAAAUUAGCGCGCCGCGGAUCGCUGAGUUUAGACGGGAUCCAAACACUUUUUCUUGGACUUUCCCCCCUCACAACACUACAUGGGAAGAAGAGCUGCACUUCCCCGUACAUGAAGUCCCAGCUCAUCCACGGCUGCUCUCUUCCCCUACACAGGAUCGAGACAGAAACGCGACCCCAGAACCUUUUAGAUACGGGCGUGUAAAGGUAUCGUUUUCGGAGCGUGUGUCAAAAGCUGCUUUUGGGAACACUUGUCUUUAAUCAUUCUGUGCUUUUCUGCUGAGAUAUUUCUUGGAAGAGGAUGUGGCUUGCGCAUAUUCACCGCUGGUCUGAGCCCAUGCGACCUGCUCUACCUGCACGCUUGCGGAUGAUUUUGCGCUUCUGAAAUCUGGUGAACUCUGAUGUUGAAAAACAAAGGCUGAACACUGAAUCCUUUACUUAAGACGGCAAGUGGAGAUGGCUUCUACGUGUUCAAUGUAUAUUUCAUUAGAUUGGCGUCCAGUCUAGUUAACAUCAUCAGCGAUGUAGUCAGCCUGUUCAUCUGCGUGCUCAUCAUUUGCAGUAAAUACUCACAUCUGCUCAAAAGGGAAACCAUGAAGAUGAUUCUCCUGCGCAAAUUCCGCUUCCUGAUCCUCAUGGUGUUUCUCGUCGCCUGCUCCAUGCACAUCAUGAUAGACUUGUUACCAAAGCUGGAGAGGCACGGCAACAGCGGCUGCUCCUGCUCGCACACGCCGAGCGAGGAGCCUCAAAGCUGGGGGAAGCAGCAGCAGCAGCAGCCGGGCUGGCCUAACAAACAUACCCUGCGGAUCCUCCAGGACUUCAGCAACGAGCCCAGCUCUAAUGUUUCUUCACACAGCCUUGAGAGGAGCCCGGUCACAGGGGACAAAAAACAGCAGCAGCAGGCUUAUAGGAGGAUUGAGCAUCCCGGGCAGCAGCAGCGCGAUGACAGGAAGAGACAGUUCAUCCAGGAGGCGGCUAUGACCAAGAACGUGCCGGUUAAAGGUUCAAGGUUGUCUGCUCUCUAUGAUCACCCCUUGUAUAAAAGAUCAGUCCCUGCUCUGACAGACGAUGACACGCUAUUUAACGUCAACACGGACAUCAGGUUUGACCCCAAAGCUGCAGAGGAUCAAGCAUGGAACGCUGAAGGCACUGUAGAUGAGUUCAGCCCCACAGGUGAGCUGACCGCUGAUUCCUACCCGAACUGGCUCCGCUUCCACAUUGGGAUUAAUCGAUACGAGCUGUACUCCAGACACAACCCGGUCAUCGAAGCUCUCCUCAAGGACCUGGUCACCCAAAGGAUCACCAGUGUGGCAAUGAAGUCUGGAGGCACUCAGCUCAAACUCAUCAUGACCUUUCAGAACUACGGCCAGGCUCUCUUUAAACCCAUGAAGCAGACCCGGGAACAGGAGACCCCACCCGACUUCUUCUAUUUCUCUGACUUUGAACGACACAACGCUGAGAUCGCUGCCUUUCAUCUCGACAGGAUCCUGGACUUCCGUCGCGUUCCUCCCGUGGCAGGCCGACUCGUCAACAUGACCAAAGAGAUCCGAGAUGUCACACGGGACAAAAAGCUCUGGAGGACUUUUUUCAUUUCACCAGCCAACAACGUGUGUUUCUACGGAGAGUGCUCGUACUACUGCUCCACGGAGCACGCUCUGUGCGGGAAACCUGACCAGAUCGAAGGUUCCCUGGCCGCCUUCCUCCCAGACCUGGCCCUUGCCAAACGCAAGACCUGGAGGAACCCGUGGAGACGCUCCUACCACAAACGCAAGAAGGCAGAGUGGGAGGUAGACCCCGACUACUGCGAGGAAGUCAAACAGACACCGCCUUAUGACAGCGGCACACGACUACUGGACAUCAUGGACAUGACCAUCUUUGACUUCCUCAUGGGAAACAUGGAUCGGCAUCAUUAUGAGACUUUUGAAAAGUUUGGAAAUGAGACUUUUAUCAUCCAUCUGGACAAUGGCAGAGGCUUUGGAAAGCACUCCCAUGAUGAGAAGUCCAUUCUGGUGCCGCUGACUCAGUGCUGCAGGGUAAGGAAGUCGACCCACUUGCGUCUGCAGCUGCUGGCUAAGGAAGAAUACAAGCUGUCCACGCUCGUGGCAGAGUCCCUGGUGAGGGACCGCCUCAGUCCCAUCCUCAUCCAGCCACACCUGGAUGCUAUGGACCGUCGACUACGCCAGGUCCUGAAUGUGCUGUCUGACUGCAUCGAUAAAGAGGGCUACAGUUACGUUGUGGAGGACAACCUACAGGGACCCCACGGGACAGACCACACCCACAGCAGCCCACGACAUAGGUAGCUGUCUGGGGAAGCUGGCAGCUUGAUGAGACUCAAUUCUAGAGACCGGAGACUGGACUGAGCAGCUUCAGUCUUUCUCUUUAAACUGACAUAGCAUCCUGUUAGACAGACGAGCUGCAUCUGUAGUCAAUCUCUCUCAGAGGACUCUUAGAUUUUCUCGCUGAUCUUACAGGAACGGCGCCCGUCUGAGGGGAAUAUAGAAGCUGUGUGGGAGUGGACGCCUGCUGGAUUGGACUCUUUGGAUCUGGGGGCGGGUUACGAAUGAGACAACCCCCCCUCGCCCGCCCUACACGUCACCCAGACUCCUUAAAAUAUCCAGCCCCUGACUGUAGUGUAGGUUAGAAACACCCUUUGUCUCACACAGCACCACCAAACCAUGAAAGUCUUACAAGAGACGCCUUCUGUUUGACUCGUUCAGGACCCUCUCUUUUGAAUUCAGUGAAUUCUGAGGGACUUGUAAAGAACUUCGUCCCCCCUCCCCUCCCUCCUCUUCUUCUCCUCUUCGGCCUUCUUCACAAACUGAAUUAUGUGUUUCUACGUAUUGUUGGUAUUGCAAGUGUUUUGGAGGAAGAGGUGGAAGUCCCUGUUGUCUUAAUGAUCAAAACGAUGUUUUAUUGAUUUGAUGAAAAAAAAGAUUUAUUGCAAAGUGUCUUUUUUAUUGUUUUAUUUCCGCAGAGCUGACGAGUGUUGGUUUUAAAGAUGGAGAUAUUGACUGGAGUGCAGGUUUACUCCUGGAUUUUUCCUUUAAUUUUUUUUCGCCCAUAAAUGUUACUUGUACUUUAAAGAGUAUUUAUUGAAAUUCAUAUUUAUUUGUUUGAAUUGAAUUCUAAUCAGUAAAAUCAAAGUUUUCUGUUAAAAACACAAUUUACAACACUAGCAUGCACUUCCUCAUUUGUCCACAGGAGGGCAAACUGAGCAUGUGCAAAAGCAGCUGCCAGAACUCCCAGUAGGCAUCCAAAUCACUUUAAAUUUGUAGCUACAACAAGCACUUCACUGAGUCUCCACCUGUGUUUACAACAUUUCAUCUUGAUUUGAACUUGAACAAUGCAAACAGAUUUGAGGUCAGAUUUAAGGUACAAAAAGCCAAAUGUGACACGAAUAGUUUUAUAUUUUUGUUUCUUUGUAAUAUAUUUGAUGUCCAGAUGUUGCUGUUGUGGCAAGAUUAUUUUUCAGGAUGUAUAUUUCAUUGAAAACCAACAGCUGAAAGCUGAACUGUUGGCGUCUGGCUGAAAGUUAAUAUAUUCAGUAGGAAAAUCUAGUGCCUGUGCAAUGAUAGAAAUACUUGAAUGUCUGGUUUCAUAGCAGAAAGGGUUCAAAUCCUCCACGGUACGAGCUCUAGAUAAGAUACGGAGGUCUACAUAUAUGUGUAUGUGUGUGUGCUGACGCCAUCUGUUCCAUAAGUGUUUUAUUACACAGUCUGAGAUUCCAUUGUCCUGUCAGGUCAUUGCAGUGUGUGAGUGUGUGUGUGUGUGUGUGUGUGUGUGUGUGUGUGUGUGUGUGUGUGUGUGUGUGUGUGUGUGUG